AACAUGUAUUCAGUUUCUAUUUACAACACGUUUACCAACACUAUAUGCACUAAUGUUACAGCUUGGCUAGCUAGCUACUAAUGCAUAGUGAUGGAUGCAUACGCCUAACUAAUAAUGAUCAGCCUGACUGGCUCUGUAUUCAGAUGUGUAGUUCGCCUUUUAUGUUUCACAUUUAUUAAACCCCUGAAAAACAUAACCUUGAAUACUUGUUGUAGGCAGUAACCGAGCCUUUGAUCAUCAGUUCCAUUACGCAUAGCUAAGAGUCAUUGGAGGAAGACGUCUUCAAAGGAGUUUGGUUGACCCCGACGCUCAAUCUGAACAUUAACAGUCAUAGUUUACGGUACGGUUUCGGAUGUGAAAGGACCUUAUCUUUCAUAUCAGCAAGAAAUAACUUAACAAAACUUAAGGUUAAAUUGAUACACACCUUGAUAUGGUUAGGGUUAGUGUUCCCACACAGGCCAUAUCAACAUGUUACAGCGCUUGUUUACAUAAAACAGACAGAAGACAAGAGGCCACUUGUGCUAAUUAGCCAUCUAGCAUGCACCGCACACCUAACGGCUGUGUGGAUGUGUAGCAAAAGUGUAGUUUUGUUGGAUGGAGGCACCCAUAGCUGUAUGAAUCUGUACCGAACUGCUACAGUACAGUAACAACAUGUCUUCCGGCCCACCUCAGUCGCCCGCAGUGGCUAAGACAGAGGUGACUGUCGAAGGAGAAUGUCCUCUCCUCGCCGCCACCUUUGCCUACUGGGACAACAUCCUGGGCCCACGGGUGCGCCACAUCUGGGCUCCCAGGUGCGAGCAGCCGCUGUUGCUGAGUGACGGUGAAGUCACCUUCCUGGCCAAUCACACGCUGAACGGGGAGAUUCUGCGCAGCGCCGAGUGUGGAGCGGUGGACGUCAAGUUCUUCGUCCUAGCUGAGAAGGGCGUCAUCAUAGUCUCGCUGAUCUUCGACGGCGAGCUGAAGGGUGACAAGAACACGUGUGCCCUGUCCAUCAUCCUUCCACAGACAGAGCUGGCCUUCUACCUGCCCCUGCACACUGUCUGUGUGGAGAGGCUCAAACACAUCAUCCGCAAGGGACGCAUCUGGAUGCAGAAAGGCUACAACAUCAUUUCUGUGCUGACAUCAGAGAUUGUCCCCAUCAUGGAGCUGCUGUCCUCCAUGAAGACACACAGUGUCCCAGAGGACAUUGACAUCAAGGACACUGUCCUAAAUGAUGAUGACAUUGGAGACAGCUGCCAUGAAGAUUUCCUGCAUAAGGCAAUCAGUUCUCAUCUCCAAACGUGUGGCUGCUCCAUGGUGGUCGGAAGCAACCCAGACAAAGUCAACAAGAUAGUGCGCACACUGUGCCUCUUCCUCACCCCUGCUGAGAGGAAGUGCUCUAGGCUCUGUAAAGCUGACUCCUCUUUCAAGUACGACACAGGACUGUUUGUACAAGGCCUCCUCAAGGACUCCACGGGCAGCUUCGUCUUGCCCUUCCGCCAGGUGCUGUACUCGCCCUACCCGACCACGCACGUUGACGUGGACAUCAACACGGUGAAGCAGAUGCCACCCUGCCAUGAGCACACGUACAACCAGCGCCUCUACAUGCGCUCUGAGCUCAGCGCGCUCUGGAAGGCGGCCAGCGAGAAUGACAUCGCCCCCGACGCUGUCAUUCACACCGACGAGUCUUUCACCCCCGACCUAAAUAUCUUUCAGGACGUUAUGCAUAAAGACACCCUGGUGAAGUUAUUUAUAGAUGAGGUGUUCAUGCUGAAGCCAGGCCUCAAUCUGCGAAGUACUUACUUAGCCCAGUUCUUGCUGAUCCUUCACAGAAAGGCGCUCACACUACUCAAAUACAUUGAAGAUGAAACGCAAAAGGGAAAGAAGCCUUUCCGCUCCUUGCGCAGCUUGAAGACAGACCUCGACCUGAUGGUGGAAGGUGACCUGAAUAUCGUCAUGGCUUUUGCUGAGAAGCUGAGGGCUGGACUGCACUCCUUUGUAUUUGGGAAGCCAUUCUACACCAGUGUACAGGAGCGAGACGUGCUCAUGAGUUUUUGACUCUUUUACUCUCAUCCUCAUGACUUAUGUUUGUUAUCUUUUAUCAUUUCUUAUUAUUGUUGCAUUGUUGAGAAGGAACCUGCAAGUAAGCAUUUAAUUGGACGGUGUAUACCAAGGUUAUUAUAGUAAAAUUAAAACUAAAAUUGGAAAAACUAUAGUAAACAAAUCAAAACAAACUAUACUGAAACGUAUCAUUGACUGCAAAACUAACUAAAAUAAAUAAAAUAGAAGCCAUCAUAAAUUAUUUUAAAAUCUAAUGGGAUUUAAGCAUUUUUUUCUAAUAGGGUUUUUGAGCUUCUGAAUCUGGCGGGUAAGUGCUGCGAGUAGAUGCCGAUGUUUCAAAUAGGCCUAGUUUGUGCAUCGCUAUCACUAGCAAACAAGGAAGAAAUCUGAGAGCGAGCACAGAGCGUGACUGGGCCAAGCUAGAACAGCUUGUGAAUUUGGAGCCGUUCGCAAUCUACACCGACCAACUUCAGACUGACAGCCAGUCGCUGUCUGAUGUGGUGCCGUGCCUUAACCUUGAGGCACACUUGCAAUCAACUACUACUGGGAAAGAGGGAGAAAGCGAGAAAGAAAGAAAGAGUCACCUCUUCAGUUCUGGCAGGCAAGGAUGGCUGUUAAUCCAAAGCUGUGCCACUGGAUCUGGUUUCUGCCCCUGCAUCCCAAGCGUUCGUGGAGAGAAUAUUCUCUGUCCAUGGACAACUGUCAUCAGGCUUGAGAAACUGAACGACCACCUCUCUGGAACGCAGUCUUCUUGAAGAUAAACCAGAAAAUCUUGUUUGAUUUGAACAGAAACACACACACAAGCUGGCUGGCUGUGAACUGAUAGAUUUGUGAAUAAGUGUUGAAUUGCUUAUGUUUUUGCUGUUGUUGCAGCCAUUUUAUUAACCCUAUUUGAAUGGGUUAGUCAGUGAUGCAUGUUUUAAUAUUACAUAAACAUAACAUGUCAAAUGUGCCAUGA